AUGGAUCUAAAGCAGGAACGAGCGCCUGUUUUGCAAGCUAUCAUGGAUCCUUUGAAAUUAACUGACUUCGAUACAGUAAAACAUUACAUAGAGGAAUACGGUUCAGUUGAAAAUUUAAUCAUCCAAGCCAAGAGUGGCAAUACCUCUGCCCAAGCUGAUCUUGGUUUUGCCUAUGUUGAAGGUAUAGGAGAUUUUGUUGAGAAGGACUCUGAGAAAGCCUUAGGAUGGCUCAAUGCUGCUGUGGAAAAUGGCCAUCUUUCACCAUCUGUCUGUGGAAAACUUGGCGAGUUACUUGAUCUGAAAGGUACACCUCAGCAUCAGCGUAAAGCGUACGAGAUGUAUCACCGAGCAGCAGAAAUGGGUUGCACAAAAUCGCAGCUCAGCUUAGCGGAAAUGUAUCGAUGUGGAGUUGAAGGAGUGGUGAACAAAGACCUUAACGAAGCAUUCGAAUGGUACCAAACAGCAGCUGGUGAAAGAGCAUCAGUAAGACAUCUUAAUCUUGGAACAGUCAGGAAAAUAAAGGACGCUCUCUUUGGAACAAGAACGGAGGCUCUGAGACUUUUGUACAAGUAUUAUCGUGAAGGUGAUUGCCCAGAAGGACGACCACAACCAACGAAAGCUGUUUACUACCUAACCAAAGCAGCUGAACAAGGCGAUAAAGAUGCUCAGUUUGAACUGGGAAGGAUUUGUAUGGAUGGAAGUUGCGAACAAAUAAAGGAUCUGAGGAAGGCAAAGCGUUGGUUGGAAAAAGCUUCAGCCAAUGGUGAUGUCAAGGCAAGUCAGCUUCUUCAGCAGUGUAACCUUAGUGAAGACACACAGCACAGUGCUUCAGAAAUCAGUGAAGAUGCUAUGACUCAAUCAUUUAGUAUCAUGAGAGAGAAAUUGAGGCAGAGUGUUGAUAGAAAUGGGCACCCUUUAGCAAUUUCACAACCAUUUGCAUUUUCAGAAGAACUGCUUCAACAGUUUAAUUGGUCACCAACAGCAAAAAUUUACCUUCAAGCUUACAAACUGGUGGAAGGAGGCCUUGAAACUCUUAACACCAGUAAAUUCACCAAUGGAAGGGGAAUUACGCUCAUUGCUCAUGGAUACUUGACAGAGAAUUCUAUUCUACAAGCAUUCCCUCAGAUAAAGUCUUUGUCACACAAGAUUCUUCAUGUUUGCAAUGAAAAUUUGCACGAAAAUCCUUGUUUUUUCGAGGGGCUUUUACUUGCAUACAUACUAUGCGAGAAAGGCACCAUAAAGGGUGUAUUUACACUAAAGAAUUUAAUUAAUUUUAUCCAAGAGACAGAACCUAACAGCCCUCCCAGUAAAAAUCCAUUUCAAUUUGAUAAGAACUACAGCAGCUGGCUUCAUGUUUUGUAUUAUCACUUGGCAGCCUUUUACACCAUUUCAGAUGACUUUGAACAAGCAGCUGAGGCAUUUGAGAACUCCCUUAGAUACUGCCCAUCAUACUAUGAUGCCAAGAGGGGACUAGGACAUUCCUUGAUGAAUUUGUAUACAAUUAAAGAAGUGUCUAAAUCAAAAUAUUCCUGCCAAGAAGUUUCAUCAACAACUACUCAAAACAAACAUGAUGAAGAAAUUUCAAAGUAUGCAUCAUGGAGUGCUGAGAAUUUAAGAGACACUGCUGUGACAAUGUUGAAGGAGUUUCUAAAAGAGGCACCAACUUGCUUUAAAUUUUACCCAAAUGCUUGUUAUUAUCUUGCAAAACUUGCUGUGAACACAGAAGAGUUUGUAAAGUAUUAUGAACUUGGGCAAGAGGCAGAGGAGAAGAGACUUCCCUUUUUUGAUCCUGUCAAUCUUCCAUUGAAAGAUUUGUUGACACCACGCUACCAGCUAUUUACUAAUGUUAAAAAACCUGUCCAAUGUGGAAACAAGAAUUGCUCCAAAAAAGUUGAGGAGAGUGCACUGAAAUCCUGUAGCAGAUGCAGAAAUCAAAAAUAUUGCAGCAAAGAGUGUCAAACAGCAGACUGGAAAAAUCACAAAGCUACUUGCACUGCUCCCAAAGCAUCCAUGGCCAAGAAUGGAUGAAUAUAAGAUUUGGUAUGGUAAAUAACUAAAUAAGCGAAGACAACUGCCAAGAGAUCAAUGAGUUGCCUUCCUCUACCAGAAGCAAGAAAAGACUAUCAAUUUACUGCAUAACCAAAAAGUAACAACGAUUUUUGUUUCAUCAAGCUUAGAAGUUUUCUCUAGGUUUUAUUUGACAUGGUUUUGGGGGUGGGGGAACUUGAAGCUUGCGUAGAUGUGCCACAAGUAAAAUCAGAUUUUUAAUCUUUUUAACCCUUUAAUUCCCAUGAGUGACCAAGACAGAAUUUCUCCUUAGUAAUUCGAUAAAAUAUCUUGCAGGCAAGUGAUGGGAAGAAAGAAAAAUAUCAAUCAUGAGAUUAUAACAUGAUCCGCUACUAAAUUUUCCAAACUAACUUAAGGAGAAUCAUUUGGCAAACAGUAAGGAGAUUUACUAAUCAGAUCUCGGGAGUUGAAGGGUUAAGACAAAGGCAUGUCAGAGGAAAAGGUACGUGUCUGGUGAAAUGUUGAUCUGCUGAUGCAAAUGCAUAUUUUUUCAUCUACACGAAAGGUUUACAUAAAGUUAUGUAACAAGAUGUUUGACAAGAGUUUGAGUAAAAGCAGCAAAAAUUGCUUCAUCAUUGUAUAUUUUGACUCCUCAACCGUGAUCUACAUAUUCCAACAAAUAAAUUCAUGAAAUAAAAUUUAAGUGGUACAGUAGAGCGUUAAUAUACAAUUGUUAAAUUUGUAGUUACUGGUAGCUAAAUUGACACCUCUAAGGAAAUACGCACUAUUUUGUUCCUAAUGAAACAAUAGCAAAGAACUUCACUCAAAAAUUUAUCAUUUCUAGUCAAGAUGGCCAUCUUAAAGUAAUGGAACAACUGACUGACUGCAUGCUGGCCGCGUUUAGUGUC